ACGUGCUUGCUGUGCGGAUGUAUCCUAAAUAGCAUACUUUUAGACUUCACGUGACGUAGUUUUUAUAUCUUAAAUUCACAAUAAUGGGUCCUAAAAAGCAAGCAGUGGACGCUGCUGAUGCGCCUGCGCCCUCCUCCAGUGAUUCCCCGGUGGAAGAGAAAAAAUCAGGUGCCGCAGCGGUGCGUAAACUUGCAGCUCACCCAUCCACAGCCAUUAUGGUGAGAGAAGCACUUAAAGAGCUGGACUCACGCAAAGGGGUUUCAUCCCAGGCGAUACAGAAUUAUAUAAAACAGAAAUACCCCUCAGUGGAUCUGGUGAGGCUGAAGCACUUGGUCCGAAGAGCCUUAAAAAAAGGAAUCGAGACUGGCACGUUGGUGCGUCCUGCAAACUCCAAUGUCACUACAGGCGCAAUGGGAAAAUUUAGGCUUGCACCAAAGGUCAAGGAGGCCAAGCCAAAAUCCGAGAAUGCUGAUCCCAAUGUGCAAAAAGCGCCCAAAGCAGCCAAGGAUGGAGCCAAGAAGGCCAAAAAAGCAGGUGCCACCAAGAAGAAAGCUGCUGCCAAUGAAGAGGCCAAGUCAGAGGAGGACCCAAAGCCUCCCAAAAAGUCCAAGAAAGAAAAAGAGGCCGACACCUCAGAGGCUACCAACUCAAAGGUCGCUCCAGCAAAGAAGCCAAAAGCUAAAAAAGCUGCAGAGAAGGCGGAUGGCAAGGGAGCCUCUGACUCAGCCAAACCUAAAGCAGCAAAGGCCACCAAGCAGGCAAAGGCAGGAAAGGCGUCUCCGAGCAAGGCUGCUAAAGCGGACAGCGACGCCCCUGCUGCUAAACCAGCUGGGAGACGAGGGAGGAAGGCUGCAGAGUAAAUGUAUAGUUAACUGGUGUUUUAUACUAUGUUGUUUUGAAAUAAAAACUUAUUUUUUGGA